AAGGUCUAGUAAUGUUUGUUUGGGUUAGAAUGGAUAAACUGAUUUUACAUCAGUAGAUUACUACAGUAGCUGCUCUUUGUUGUUUUACCUCAUAAUAGUGUAGAUGACUGUAUCAGGUGAGCGACGCCAUCUCGUCCCUAUAGGUGCGGUUACAGACCUGAUGAUGAUCUCCAACGCCGAGGCCUCCACCCCUCAGCGCUUCUCCAUAUCCUGCCUCACGGGGCAGCGGGAUGCAGCAGAGCUAGAACUGGACAUCAAGAAGGACAACAGCAUUCUCAUCCUCCCCUCACCGUCCCGAUACAGCGUCAAGAGGCCCAAGACCAAGGAGGUGGUGGCCAAUGAGUUUGUGGGUAUAGUGGACCAGACAGGCAUCUUUUACUGUCAUGCAUCACAGGGAACUAGUCCUACUAGAAACCUGGUCACAGUCACUCUCAUCAACAACUAUGGCAAAGGUAAGGAAAAGGCUCUCAGUGAAAGAAUGAGAGUGUGUGAGAGAGAGAGAGGGAGAAAGAGAGAACUUAUGUAUUCUUCUAUAUUGCUCCUCCCAGGUCUUUUUGUCCCGGCCCACCUCACAGUGACGACUAACAGAGGAGACACAGUCCACCUGGCCAUGCAGGUACUCAGCUCCCAGAGGAGAGAUGUCACCUGGAAGUACAAUGGUGAGUUACAGAGGGAGGGAUAGAUGGAUGGAUGGGAUAGAGGGGGAGGGAGGGAGGGAGGGAUGGGAUAGAGGGAGGGAGGGAUGGAUGGAUGGGAUAGAGGGAGGGAGGGAGGGAGGGAGGGAGGGAGGGAGGGAGGGAGGGAGGGAGGGAUGAAAUGCAGGCAUUUCUGUCUGAGCAGGGACUAGAUUAAUCUAAAUGAGACUAUUACAUGGCAAUAUAGCCAAUUGUUUGAUUCAUUGAUUGUUAAUGAGAGUUUGUCCUGUGUGUUGACUCAUACUGUGUUGUAUCACCAGGAAACUAUUUCUACAUGACCCACUGGGGUGAUGUGUCCAACAGUACGACUGUACUAACCCUGGAGGACGUGAGUAAUGUCAACGAAGGCAUCUACAGUGCAGGCUUCGUGGGAGACAGUCCCAUCAAUGGAGCCUGGAUGAGGCUGAUUGUCAGAGGUACAGAAGGGGUGUUCGUAUUAUACACACACACACAAAGACACACACACACAGGUUGACUCGUUCAUUUUUGUCUUUUGUUUGACUUGCUAGUGCUGGCCGCAAUGAGUCCUACAGCUGGAUUAAUACACGCUCUUCCAUCUCAGCGGCGCCAGAGACGUGCUACGACCACCAACUGUCUGUCAUUUGCGCAGCAAAAUAGAUCAUGAGCAUAGAGAAGAAAAAGACAUGUUUAGAACUGAUAAUUGAUCGCAUGGUGCAAGAAUGAAAGCAGUUAAUUAAUUAUUGAACGUUAUGAUGGACACAGCUUUGUAGAACCAAAACAUAAACAGCCUCUGCUCAACAAACUCCAACUUGAGAGCAAAUCGUUUGGGGGGCUGCAGUUUGCGAAUGGCAUUUUGCUUAUCACACUCACAGCAGUCAAGCAAUGCGUUCUGCCAUGAGUCGUUCACAAUCUAGUCCGGUUGCGGCCACAACUUCGUUUAAAAUGUCUACAUUUUUUAUCUUAUUUGUAUGCCUAGCAAUCAACAAAUGUACAUUGUUUAAAGCAGACGUUUACAAGUCUCAGUCACAAAUGACAGCUCCAAUAAGCCCCCCUAUGUGAAUAAGAGGCUCGUAGGGUCAUGAGUUGUCAGUUUAUUGUUCACCAGUAGGGGGUCCUGUGUGCUCUGGGCAUUACUGACUCAAAUAAAACGAGUCGAAAGAUUAGUUAUUUUGACUGAACGAGUCGAAAAGAUCAUUGUCAGUAAAAAGAGCCGAACUUCCCAUCACUAUUGUAUACUCUCUGUGCUGGGAUUGAUCUAUUUUUCAUCUGGAUAUAAGCCUGACAAUACAUUUAGUUAUUUCUUUUCUGAAACAUUUUUGGUUGGAUGUACAUCUUUGAAUGUACAUUGUUAGUACUCAGUUAAUAGUGUUAUUAACACCUGUAUUACUUGUACUUUUAUUUAACCCUUAUUUUACCAGGUAAGUUGACUGAGAACACAUUCUCAUUUACCGAAAUGACCUGGGGAAUAGUUACAGGGGAGAGGAGGGGGGAAGAAUGAGCCAAUUGGAAGCUGGGGGUGAUUAGGUGGCCAUAAUCAUUCUUGCACCAUGCGAUACAGUGUGGUCCUCUGUAGCUCAAUUGGUAGAGCAUGGCGCUUGUAACGGCAAGGUAGUGGGUUCGAUCCCCGGGACCACCCAUACACAAAAAAUGUAUGCACGCAUGACUGUAAGUCGCUUUGGAUAAAAGCGUCUGCUAAAUGGCAUAUUAUUAGGUGGCCAUGAUGGUAUGAGGGCCAAAUUGGGAAUUUAGCCAGGACACCGGGGUUAACACCCCUACUCUUACGAUAAGUGCCAUGGGAUCUUUAGUGACCACAGAGAGUCAGGACACCCAUUUAACGUCCCAUCCAAAAGACGGCAACCUACACAGGGCAAUGUCCCCAAUCACUGCCCUGGGGAAAGAGUGCCUCCUACAGGCCCUCCAACACCUCUUCCAGCAGCAUCUCUCUUACUGUUAACCAUUACAAGGAUAUGUAUGAUGAUUCACAUAUGGAUGAGGUGUUUGUAUUUGCGUGGGCUCGCCACUGAUGCUGCUCUGCUGUCGGUCCCAGACUGUGCCAGUAAGAAGUGGGGAGCCGACUGUGACAAGGACUGUCCAGAGUGUCUCAAUGGAGGGGUGUGUCAUGACAGUGACGGGGACUGCAUCUGUCCACCGGGGUUCAUGGGGAUGCGCUGCGAGACAGGUGAGUGUGUGUGUGUGUGUGUGUGUGUGUGUGUGUGUGUGUGUGUGUGUGUGUGUAGGGUGGGGGUGGGGGGACAGGCAAUAUGUUAAAGCAUAAGAUUGUGGCCUUGAAGCUGACACAUACUACAAAUGAGCAAUUGUGUGUGUUUGCGUGUGUGUGUGUGUGUGCAUAAGUGCAUAUAAGUGCGUGCGUGGUGUGUGUAAAAUACAAGUAUAUUCUAUUGACAAACUGUCUGAAGUAACUGUACCUGUCCUGUACUAAAUCUACGACUUGUAAUGUAUUCCCUCCCAGCCUGCAGAGAGGGCAUGUUUGGUCGUAACUGCCAGGAGUGGUGCAGGUCAGAGCUGGACUGUGUAGGGCUGAGGUUCUGCCUGGCUGAUCCUUAUGGAUGCUCCUGUGCCAGCGGAUGGUCUGGGAACCACUGCAACAGAUGUGAGUUCAUUUGUUAUAAAUAGGGUUAUGACGUAUUUUCAGCCCUGGAUUGCCCAAUAAAUAUUGAUUGUACUGUACAACCAACCUAUCAACAUUAUUGCAUGUGUUAAAGUAGUUACUCCCGAGUGGCACAGCGUUCUAAGGCACUGCAUCUCAGUGCUAGAGACGUCACUACAGACCCUGGUUCGAUUCCAGGCUGUAUCACAAUCCGGCCGUGAUUGGAAGUCCCAUAGGGCGGCGCACAAUUGGUCCGGGUUUGGCCGGGGCAGGCCAUCAUUGUAAAUAAGAAUUUGUUCUUAACUGACUUGCCUAGUUAAAUAAAUAAAAAAUAAAAACAUGCAUAGCCAGAUCAGGUAGCAAUUCAUGAAACACUUAUUAGAAUCCCAACCCCUUGGCAUUCCCAUCCUAAUGUCUUCCCUCCCCCAGCCUGUCACAGGGACAUGUACGGGGCAGACUGCAGGCUGAGCUGUAGGUGUAAGAACGGGGGAGUGUGUAACCGCUUCAGUGGAUGUCAGUGUCCCACUGGCUGGAGAGGACAGAACUGUGAGAAAUCAGGUAGGUAAACAUUACCUCCUCAUCCUCACCACUGCUGCCUCUACCAAGCAUCUUAAUCUGUUUCUCCCCCAUCAGACCGCGCCCCCCAGAUCUUGGACAUGGCCAGUAGUCUGGAGUGGAACCUCAACUCCAGCCCCAAGAUCCUGUGUUCCGCCACAGGCAACCCCCUGCCUAGCCACACCAGCAUCGAGCUGCGCAAACUGGACAGUUCUGUGCUCAAGGCAAUGGAGGGAUGGCCAGGGUGGUCAUUUUAUAUUGGAUUAUUCCAUUACUGGGAAUCAAACUGUGACAGUGUAGUCAUUGGGAUUUGUGAAAUUCUGUGUUUUUGUUUUAGUGAAAAUAUAUCAAUAUUUUUUAUGAUAAUGUCAGUUGGCUCAACAUACAGCCUUACCAAUAUCUAUUUGUACUUCUCUCUCUCAGGCGUCUCGCACCACCAUGGACUCCAAUAAGAGCACAGCCCAGUUUGACAUCCCCCGUCUAUCCAUUGAGCAUGCUGGGUUAUGGGAGUGCAGGGUCUCCACCAAUGGGGGACAAGACUCCCGCAAGUUCAACCUCACUGUCAAAGGUGAGAAGAGAAAAGUAUUUUACUGGUCUAGAUCAGUCAAUGUGAGGUGCUUAACAUUGAGGGCAGGUUUCCCAGACACAGGUGAAGCCUAGUCCUGGACUUGAACAUGCUUUUUAGUGCAGGACUUGAUUUGAGUCUGGGAAACCUGCCCUAAAUACACAGUGAGAAAAAGGGUAGAUAAAAAGGUUUUAAUGUUCUGGUUGAGACUCGUCAUAUCACCCAUAUCACCCAUCUCACCCACUUCCUCACCCCCACCCACUCUCUCACCAGAGCCGCCUUGCCCCAGCACCCCUCCCAAGCUGCUGGAGAAGAGGAGUAAGCAGCUGGUGGUGAUGCCUGUGGACUCCUACAGAGGAGACGGACCCAUCGACUCCACCAAGCUCCUCUACAAGCCCAUGGAGACCGGAGACUCCUGGUCCUCCAUCAUAGGUACGUCAGAUGGAGUUUGAUCUCAUGUCAAGUCAUGGGAGUUACAACUACUUAUCUUGGCAAGUGGCAAAAUACAUUAUUAUCCAUAGGAAACAUUUUGAUCCCUAUGCUACAUUGAUAAUCGUCUCUGAUUCUCUCUCUCUGUGUUCCUGUUCUUCAGUGUACAGUAGAGAGCCUAUAACUCUGAUGAAUCUGAAGCCAUCUACACGCUACCACGUCCGUGUCCAGCUGACCCGCCCUGGGGAGGGAGGGGAGGGGACUCUGGGGCCUGAGGCCAUCAUGGAGACUGACUGUCCAGGUGAGAAACAACAUAGCGCCCAUUUUAGUUUUUGCAGUGUCGUAAGUCAGAGCAGAGGUUUGUAGGGAAUUGGUGAUGCUGCAGAGGGGGAGUGUGUGUGUGUGUAUGUGUGUGUGUAUGUGUGUGUGUGUGUGUAUGUGUGUGUAUGUGUGUGUGUGAGUUGAAGUUAGUAGAAGUUUGUCCUAGUGGACAGCUGAGUGCUGGUUCUGAAUCUGUGUGAGAAUGGUUCUUUAAUUCUAAGGUCUAUGAGUGACCAGAUCAGAAUGUUCUUUGCCCAUCUGUAAGCGAGAGGCUGUGUCUAAGUAAACAGAAUGAGUAAGUAUCCCAGGCUGGCGGACCUCUCUCUGACUGCGUGUUCUGUGUCGCUGCUGUAGAGCCAACGGUUCGACCAGAGAUUGACUUCAGCUCGCUGGAGGGCCGCAACGCCACCGUACGCUGGCUGUUGCCUGGCAACGCGGGCGGGGCCGUGGGUGCGGCCAGCGGGUUCUUAGUGCAGCUCUUCAGGCCCUCCCCCUCAGGAGAGAAGUUGAGAGAGGAGACCACCCUGCUCAAUGUGCUCUCCACCAAGUUCUACAACCUGCAGUACCACCAAGACUAUACAGUGGUUGUCAGGCUGCUCAACUGUGGCAGUCUGGGGCCCGCCUCUAAGCCUUACCACUUCCGCAUCAACAGCCAGGGUAACUAACAAAAGCUCCUUCUAUUGGUUUAGCAGUGAGUGUUGACGAGUGUGAUUGGUGGAUGUAUGGUGUAUGGGAUGGUGCCUGCCUCCCCCCUGCCCUCGUAGUGUGUCAGGGUUAAAGAAAGGAAAUCAGGAUGGAUGACUAAGGAAAUCAAGAAAGAUUAAAGCAUUGUGCAGCAUUGGGCAAUAGCCAUGUAGCAUAAGCUAACACCUUCUGACCAAUACUAACCCUGAUUUAUCCUCUCUGUUCCCUCCCCCUCCCCUCUCCCCUCUCCAUCAGGUCCCUCCUCACCUCGUAACGUCCUGGCCCUGCCCCUGUCUGUGUCUGCGGUGCAGGUGAAGUGGCAGCCCCCUGAGGACCCUAACGGGGGCAUAGUGAAGUACAUCAUAGAGUACCAGCCGGUGGGUCAGGGCAGCCUGCAUCCCUGGGUAGACACUGACGAUGGCAACAAGACGGCUAAAGACGUGACGGCGCUUAACGGGAGUACUCUCUACCAGUUCAGAGUGAGAGCCUUCUCUAAAGUACCGGGGGAGUGGAGCAAGUUUGUCCAUGCCAGGACCCAGGGAGAUGGUGAGAGAUGGUUUAAAAAAACAUGUGUGGAGUUAGAUCAAGCUGUUUUGUAAUCCCAAAUUAAUAACAAAGAGAGGGUACCACCAUCUACAGUGAGGGAAAAAAAGUAUUUGAUCCCCUGCUGAUUUUGUACGUUUGCCCACUGACAAAGACAUGAUCAGUCUAUAAUUUUAAUGGUAGGUUUAUUGGAACAGUGUGAGACAGAAUAACAACAACAAAAUCCAGAAAAACGCAUGUCAAAAAUGUUAUAAAUUGAUUUGCAUUUUUAAUGAGGGAAAUAAGUAUUUGACCCCUCUGCAAAACAUGACAGUACUUUGUGGCAAAAACCCUUGUUGGCAAUCACAGAGGUCAGACGUCUCUUGUAGUUGGCCACCAGGUUUGCACACAUCUCAGGAGGGACUUUGUCCCACUCCUCUUUGCAGAUCUUCUCCAAGUCAUUAAGGUUUCGAGCCUGACGUUUGGCAACUCGAACCUUCAGCUCCCUCCACAUAUUUUCUAUGGGAUUAAGGUCUGGAGACUGGCUAGGCCACUCCAGGACCUUAAUGUGCUUCUUCUUGAGCCACUCCUUUGUUGCCUUGGCCGUGUGUUUUGGGUCAUUGUCAUGCUGGAAUACCCAUCCACGACCCAUUUUCAAUGCCCUGGCUGAGGGAAGGAGGUUCUCACCCAAGAUUUGACGGUACAUGGCCCCGUCCAUUGUCCCUUUGAUGUAGUGAAGUUGUCCUGUCCCCUUAGCAAUAAAACACCCCCAAAGCAUAAUGUUUUGAUGGUGGGGAUGGUGUUCUUGGGGUCAUAGGCAGCAUUCCUCCUCCUCCAAACACGGCGAGUUGAGUUGAUGGCAAAGAGCUCGAUUUUGGUCUCAUCUGACCACAACACUUUCCCCAGGUCUCCUCUGAAUCAUUCAGAUGUUCAUUGGCAAACUUCAGACGGGCCUGUAUAUGUGCUUUCUUGAACAGGGGGACCUUUCUUGGUGACUAUGGUCCCAGCUGCCUUGAGAUCAUUGACAAGAUCCUCCCGUGUAGUUCUGAGCUGAUUCCUCACCGUUCUCAUGAUCAUUGCAACUCCACGAGGUGAGAUCUUGCAUGGAGCCCCAGGCCAAGGGAGAUUGACAGUUAUUUUGUGUUUCUUCCAUUUGCGAAUAAUCGCACCAACUGUUGUCACCUUCUCACCAAGCUGCUUGGCGAUGGUCUUGUAGCCCAUUCCAGCCUUGUGUAGGUCUACAAUCUUGUCCCUGACAUCCUUGGAGAGCUCUUUGGUCUUGGCCAUGGUGGAGAGUUUGGAAUCUGAUUGAUUGAUUGCUUCUGUGGACAGGUGUCUUUUAUACAGGUAACAAACUGAGAUUAGGAGCACUCCCUUUAAAAGUGUGCUCCUAAUCUCAGCUCGUUACCUGUAUAAAAGACACCUGGGAGCCAGAAAUCUUUCUGAUUGAGAGGGGGUCAAAUACUUAUUUCCCUCAUUAAAAUGCAAAUCAAUGUAUAACAUUUUUGACAUGCGUUUUUCUGGAUUUUUUUGUUGUUAUUCUGUCUCUCACUGUUCAAAUAAACCUACCAUUAAAAUUAUAGACUGAUCAUUUCUUUGUCAGUGGGCAAACGUACAAAAUCAGCAGGGGAUCAAAUACUUUUUUCCCUCACUGUCAUUUCAUCACAUUAGAUGCCUAUCUUUCCCACUCAUGUGGGAUUGAGGUAUAAAGCUGGAUCUAAACAACAGAUGGUUUGGGACAUGGACUCAUCUUGACAUUAGACCACUUUUUUGAGUUCUGGAAAUGUCCAACAAACUUUGAGUGAACUUUUUGAGAGAACAUAGAUUUUUCAGUGAACACUUUAAAAUACUAAGGAUACUUAGCCUAUUGUAUAUAAGAAAUAGGAGAUGCUCAGGUGAUUCUCACUGCACACUUCCUCAUCUCCUCCUCCCCUCUCAGGCUUCCAGGACUUCACUCCAACCACCCAGGGUGUGGGGGGGCGUCCAGGCAGCGAGGGCUACCAGCUGGUGAUGGCGGUAGUGGGGUCUGUGACGGUCACCUGUGUCACCAUCCUGCUGGCCCUGCUGGCCCUCUUCUGCAUCCGCAAGACCCUGCUCAACCGCAGACGCAGCUUCCCCUACCAGUCUGGAUCGGUGAGAGACAGAGUGAGAGAGAGACACACGGCAUACCAUAGUCAUUAACUAGUUCACUAAAUACACACUGAGCAUACCAAACAUUAAGAACACCUUCCUAAUAUUGAGUUGCACCCCCUCUUGCCCUCAGAACAGCCUCAAUUCGUCGGGGUAUAGAUUCUACAAAGUGUCAAAAGCAUUCCACAGGGAUGCUGGCCCAUGUUGACUCCAAUGCUUCCCACAGUUGUCUAGUUGGCUGGAUGUCCUUUGGGUGGUGGACCAUUCUUGAUACGUACAGGAUACUGUUGAGUGUGAAAACCCAGCAGUGUUGCAGUCUUGACACACUCAAACCAGCGUGCCUGACACCUACUACCAUGUGGUCCUCUGUAGCUCAGCUGGUAGAGCACGGCGCUUGUAACGCCAAGGUAGUGGGUUCGAUCCCCGGGACCACCCAUACACAAAAAUGUAUGCACGCAUGACUGUAAGUCGCUUUGGAUAAAAGCGUCUGCUAAAUGGCAUAUUAUUAUUAUUAUUAUACCCCGUUCAAAGGCACUUAAAUAUUUUGUCUUGCCCAUUCACCCUCUGAAUGGCACACAUACACAAUCCAUGUCUCAAUUGUCUCAAGGCUUAAAAAUAAUUAUUUAACCUGUCUCCUCCCCUUCAUCUACACUGAUUGAAGUGGAUUUAACCAUUGACAUCAAUAUGGGAUCAUAGCUUUCACCUGGAUUCACUUGGUCAUUAUACUAUAUGUCAUGGAAAGAGCAGGUGUUCUUAAUGUUUUGUACACUCAGGGUAUAUAUCCACUUUUCAAGCUAUAUUAUACAUAUACAUAGCGACAAAUUAUUAGAAACAUCUCUAUAUAUACAAUUUCUAUACUUUGAUUGAUUAAAAACAAAUCAAAUCAAUCAUUGCAACCCGUAGGGAGAGGAGACCAUCCUUCAGUUUAACUCUGGGACCCUGACCCUGACGAGAAGACCUAAGCCUGCCGCCGAGCCUCUCACCUACCCUAUCCUGGAGUGGGAUGACAUCAAGUUCGAGGAAGUCAUUGGAGAAGGCAACUUCGGCCAGGUCAUCAAGGCCAUGAUCAAGAAGGAUGGGGUCAAGAUGAGCGCCGCUAUCAAGAUGCUGAAAGGUAGUAGGUAUCACACAAACACACGCAGACACACACACCAAAACAGACACACACAGACACACACACUACAAACUCUGACAACAAGCCAAACUGAACAAGCUUCUUUCUCUGUACCUGUUUGUAAUUUGCUAUGUUUACUGUGUUUCGUUUUGAGCAGAGUUUGCCUCUGAGAAUGACCACCGGGACUUUGCAGGAGAGCUUGAGGUGUUGUGUAAACUGGGCCAGCAUCCCAACAUCAUCAACCUCAUAGGAGCCUGUGAAAACAGGGGUGAGUCUGCAACCUACUGGUCAGGGUGGGGAAUUACAUGCUUUUAAUUGACACUAUAAUAAUAUUACUGGACAUAAUAUACUAAUACUUCCCUCUUCAAGUGAAUACUUUUUUAAAUAUGAGUUUUGAAGCAAGUUGCUAGAAAUAAGUCUGUAUUCUUUUAUGUUCACUAUAGUAUGUUGAUAGUGAUUUUAAGAUUUUAAAAUGAAAGUUAGUUACACUUCACUUUGUAUUUCUUCAUUACUGAUUCCAUACUGCUUAGCUGCCUGAGCCCAACAUGCAGGGCAUGAAGUGGUUAAUAUCCUGAGUUAUCCGGAUGCAUAUAGAUCCUCUGAUGUGCACCUGGACAGGACUAUGUGUCGUCCAACCCAAACAAACCCUGUCUGUCUGCUAGAAGCAUUUGCACGAUCACAUUUGUUUUGCUUGUCCAUAUGCCACAUCAGCAAACUGUUCUGCUGCUGCAUAUCUGUGUGUGUAAUACAGAGCCUUAGGACCAAGCUCUGAGCAUGACAUUUCAAUUUCCAUACCACAUCCGAUGGUUUCGGGACAUAAUUGAAUUGGCUGUUUCUCUUUGUACUUUAGAGGGAGAUUACAAAAACAACUCAACCAUGAGAAGAAUACAUCCUACCAAACCACCAUGUUUCACAAUCCCACUGGUUCUCAAGUAGCCCGGAGAGAGAGAACCAGAAUUGCUGGUUAAUGUUGGUUCUCUCUCUCUCUCUCGAUACAAUAAUGAUGAUUACAGCACAGAACUAUAAUUAUAUUUCUAUGGUUACAUUAUGAUACUCAGUUAAUGCCUUCCUACCUUUCCAUGGCAAACUUUUAUGCAUAUGGUAUCUCCCUUAGCAACCUUCUCCAUAAAGUGUACAAGUAAAUCAUAAACUUCCAUCACUUUCCUUUCCUUUCCCCUAACUGCCUCUCUCUACCUGUGUAGGGUACCUGUACAUUGCCAUUGAGUAUGCCCCCUAUGGUAACCUGCUUGACUUUCUGCGGAAGAGCCGAGUCCUGGAGACAGACCCCGCCUUCGCCAAGGAGCAUGGCACCGCCUCCACCCUCACCUCACAACAACUGCUGCAGUUCGCCGUCGACGUGGCAACUGGCAUGCACUACCUUAGUGACAAACAGGUA